CAUCACAGUCGCGCAGUCAAAAAACCAGAAAAGUCACGCAAACGUCAGACGAAGCGCUGUCGCGACAUUGCAAAUUUUUCGUUUUUACUCCGGGUUAGUUUCCGCCGCGGCAUCCGAAUCGGCCUCGAACCGCUAGCUAACGACACGGUGCACCGAACGGCGGUCAAAUUGCGCGAGGAAAAGUCGUUUUUGGGGGUGAAAUUCGCCAUCGAAAGAACAAGUUCGUUGUGUGUGCGGGUGGUGGACAAAGAGAAGUGUGAGGGAGAGGAGAAGGAAAAUCGAGCUGAUUAUUUUCUUUCUCUGGUGGAGGAGGUUCUCGAGCGAGGGGGGACACCAAAUUUGAGGUGGAGCUGUUUUUGCUUUCCUCUUGCCAAAGAAAGGAGGAGCGACGACGGCCAAAUAGAAAACAGUCCCGACCGUAGAGUCGUCAUCGUCGUCGCGCAAAACAAAGUGCGUUUUAUUUGUACGCUUCCGAGUUCCGAGCGGAAAGUCCUUGAGUCAUCCCGAGUUGCCUGAACUUCCGGAAGGUUGAGAGCGGGGGACCAGCAGCAGCGCGCACGAUGGGAAUAUUCAAAACGCCAUCCACGUUGACAGCGGACAUAGAAAAAGCGACCAACGAAAACAACACACAGGAGAAAUGGGGCCUGAUCAUGGAGGUGUGCGACAAGGUGACGAACGGUGCCGCCAGCUCGAAGGAGUGCCUCAAGAACAUCGUGAAGCGGCUGAACCACAGCGACCCGCACGUCGUCAUCCAGGCCAUCACGCUGUUGGACGCCUGCGUCAGCAACUGUGGCAAGCAGUUUCACCUGGAGAUCGCUUCGCGCGAGUUUGAAACCGAGUUUAAGAAGCUACUGCAGAAGAGUCAACCCACGGUUAAUACGCGUCUCAAGCUGUGCUUGAAAAAGUGGGCCGAGGCGGAGUUCAAGAGCGAUCCCCAGUUGAAUCUGAUUCCGUCGCUGUACCAGAAGCUCCGCUCGGAGGGGCACGACUUUAGCGAUCCGGCGACGACGCCCAAGCGGGAGCAACCUUUGAGCAAGGACCCGAACGUGGUCUCUAGUCAGCAGGAGGAGGAGGACAUUGCGAAGGCGAUUGAGCUGUCGUUGAAGGAGACUAAGGCUAGUGGUGGUAGUAGUAAUCAGUCACCGAAGAUGGCCAGCGGUGGUGGUGGUGGCGGGUCGUCGCUGUAUCCUUCGGCACUGCUAGCGACGGUGCCGGCGGCGGAAGCGAGGAAGGUUCGUGCCUUGUACGACUUUGAGGCGGCCGAGGACAACGAGUUGACGUUCCAGGCUGGGGAGAUUAUUAUGGUUUUGGACGACAGCGAUCCGAACUGGUGGAAGGGACAGAAUCAGCGCGGCGAGGGGCUGUUUCCGUCGAACUUUGUGUCGUCGGAUUUGAACGCGGAGCCUGAGCCGAGUGUGAAGAGUAAAAAAAGUGUGCAAUUUUCAGACGAGAAGAAGGAAGAGGAAGUCGGAGGGAAGGACCAAGUGGUGGAGAUCAACGAGGAGAAGAUCGACAGGUUGCUGCAUCUGCUGCACGAAGCUGACCCGGAAGAUCCGUCGACGGAUAGUGAGGAGAUGCUGAAGUUGGAGCAGUACGUGAAUCAGAUGGGACCGUUGAUAGACACGGAGUUGGAGCGGGUUGACCGGAAGCACGCUCAGUUGACACAGUUGAGCAGUGACCUGGUUGAGGCGAUAAAUUUGUACCAUACGCUGAUGCGAGAACCGGACCGCUCGAUGAUGAUGGGAAUGGGACCGUCCGGAUAUGGAGGAGGCAUGCCGGGCUUCCCCGGUCAGUCGUCAAUGCCGGCCAUGUACAACAUGCACCCGUCGAUGUACGCUGCAAAUCUACCGGGAAUGAGUUUCCCCGGAAUGGCACCACCCCCGUACGGAAUGCCCCAGCUGAGGCACGACAUGGGACAAAUGAGCGUGAGCUCGGUUCCACAGUUUCCUCCUCCGCAGCAAGCGAUGCCCUCGAUGUCUCACAAUGGACCAACCAGCUUGCCACCCCAGCAGCAGCCACAGCAAAUGCCUCCAACGGCCCAGCAACCCCCAGUCCCGGGACAUCCACCACAGCACAUGCCAAAUAUGCCGCCGAUGGUUGGACCAGGACCAGGACCACAACAGCCGGCCCCGGCCAGCGCCGCUCCGCCUCACACCAUGAUGACCAUGAGCCAUAUGCAGUCCCCGUUGCCACAGAGUUUCCCCAAUCCCACUUCGCCUCCGCCAGUCGUCAGCUCCGCGGUCGCCCCACCACAACCAACUUCGUUACCACCCCAAGGCGUACUCCCGAACCAAGCCGGCCCACGACCCAGCUUCCCCACAUACGGCCCACCUCAACAGCAACAACCACAACCCCAGCAAGCCCCGGCAACCGCUCCGCCGCCAAACGGCAUGAACCACGGUCCUCACGUUGGACCGAUGCCGCCGUUCCAGAGCUCGCCCCUCCCGCCCCAGUACAUGCAGAUGGGACCACCGGGCCACAUGCCCCACCAUCACCACAUGCUCGGCAUGAUGCCGCCUCCGGGGACGCCCCUUUCGAUCAACACCGCAACCGCUUCGCCGCAAAACAUUCCGAUCUAUCAGCAGCAACGGUAAACUUGUUUCACGACACCCAAAAAAAAAAAAAUCCUUCUCUUUCGAUUCCGGCUUCCGGGCUUCUCUUCGUGCGCAACUCCUGUACAUAAUACUAAUCUUGUAGUAGGUCAAAAGUUUCCCCCUUGCCCCACACUUUUAAGCAUCGAAUGUUGAUUUUAACUCACUCUUGCGAAGGGCUUUUAAUUAUUUUUUUUCUGUUCCAAUUCUAACUUUUAAACUUUAUUUCCGUUUUUCAAACGCACCCGUUUGAAGAGCUCCGGCCGCGAAGAAGGCAACUAAAGCGGCGGUGGGAAAGGAAGCGAAUAAAUCGAAUUGAAAAAAAGAAACCCUGUGGAAGGUUGCGAAAUCGAAGAAGGAGUGUGAAAACUGUUGCAAAAUUGCAUUGAGUUAUAAAUAAAAGAAAGUAAAACAAAAAA